GGACGGAACUUCAAGAAGAAUUUGCUCCGUGUCUCGUCAUCGUACUCCUCUCACAUGGAUUCAUCCGAGAAGGAGUCAAAAGAGACCGCGAGCGCUCGUUCAUAACGUCGCUACACAUGAAUAGAUUGCGGGGCCGAUGAGAAGGUUGUGUAGUUGUUGUUUUUUAUGAGUUUUGAGGCUGGGGGGUGUUUGGAUCAUAUAGUGCUACUGUUAAAAACGGAGAAGAAGAGAGGAAAAGUCUGUGUUAUCGCGGAUAAAAGAUGCCCAGGACGGGAAGUGGAGAGGCUUCAUCGUUUUCAGCUUGAUUCAUGGGUAUGAAAUUCAGGACAUUCUCUGGCGUGUGCUUCCUAAAGUGUUUCUAAUACCGCGAAGCAGUAUAAUAAAUAGCGUAGCUUUGGUUAUGCUCGCCACACUUUGCCAAGUGCCCACGGUUUCCUCUCUGUGCCUGUAAAACGGAACGAUAUGGCUCUCCUGGUCGUUCCGCUGCUUCUGCAAACGGGGCUCGUUUUGGGAGCAAACUACGGUUAUGUGGAGUGGUCGGAUAAUGAGCGGGAAGAAAGGCACCCACCGAUCUUCAGCACCCAAAACAUGAACAGAGAGCCGCCCCACCACCCGACCUACUACUCGGUACCGGGCACUGAGCGCGCGGUGGUGGCGCACAAAAUUGAGGAGGACCUCCCGAGGGUGGUGACCGCGUUCCUGCACACCGGAGACUCCUCGGCGCUGAGGCAGGUCAACUGCUCGCGGAGGUACGAGCUGAGCAGCCUGCGAGGCGGCCUGCACGUCGCCUCCCACUACUCCCUGCACAGCAUCCUGGACACCGUAGCGCACGCCACAAACUUCCUGAACAUGAUCCUGCAGGCCAACAGGUCCCGGGAGCAAACCUCUCGGAGGGACAUCCACUGGUACCACGCGCUGGUCCAGAGCAUCCUCGAGGGGGACCCCAAAAUCCACAGGGCGGUGGUGACUUUCCACGCGGACGCGCCGACGCCGGGCCCCAACGUUUUCCUCCAGGCGACCAGAACCGAGAAGGAGGUGGUGCUGCAGGACUUGUCCGGCUCUGCGCACCGUCAGCUGAGGAGCAGGAGCCCGGAGUCCGACUGGUUCAACGACUUUAGGGACGGUAGGAGACCACACAUGCACAGAAGAGUCCCAGAGGUAUCCGGCACCAAGAGUGGAAGUUACCUUCUGGACAAAAACCAGAUCAAGUGGUCGGCACCGUACCUGGAGUGUGAACAUGGGGCGUUUGUGCCCUAUUGGCUGCUCACCUUGUCCGCUGGUUUCUAUGGACUGAAGAGCAACUCUGCACCAGAGUUCAGGGGUGUGGUUCGUGUGGAUGUGAACCUGCAGGAUGUGGACAUUGACCAGUGCUCCAACAGUGGCUGGUUCGCUGGGACUCACCGCUGUAAUCUCACUAGCAUGGAAUGCACUCCCAUCGUCGGCCAUGGAUUUGUGUUGGACAAGUACAAGUGCCAGUGCAGGAGAGGAUUCUACCAUCCCAGCCGAGUGGUGCUCAAUGGCUUCAAAAGUAAGGAGCAGGGCUGGAACAGAGAAGAGACGUCCGACGUGUCCAGUAAGUGCCUGCCGUGCCGCGAGGGCUGCCCCUACUGCCGAGACGACACACCCUGCCUGGUGCAGGAGGACGGUGCCCUGCGGCUCGCUGUGGCCUCCUUCCAGGGUCUGUGCAUGGUGCUGGACCUGGCCUGCAUGGUGGUGGUAUACCACUUCAGGAGGAAGAAGAACAUCCGCGCAUCUGGUCUGAUUCUACUGGAAGCCAUCUUGUUUGGGUCUUUACUGCUCUACUUCCCAGUGAUGAUCAUGUACUUCCAUCCCAGUGUGUUUCGGUGCAUCCUCCUGAGGUGGGUUCGCCUCCUGGGUUUCGCUGUCAUGUACGGCACUGUCAUCCUCAAGCUGUACAGGGUGUUAAAGGUGUUCCUGUCCCGCACGGCCCAGAGGACGCCUUACAUGACCAGCUGGCGGGUACUGCGGCUCCUGGUGGUGAUCCUGCUGGUGGUGCUGUGGUUCCUGGUGGCCUGGACCUCCUCCGUGUGCCAGAACCCCGAGCUGAGUCGGGCCAUGAUCGCUGCAGGCCUCACCCCAGAGGGGCUGCAGUUCAGCAUGUGUCUACUGGAUCGAUGGGACUACAUGAUGGCUGUCGCGGAGUUCCUGUUCCUGCUGUGGGGGGUGUACCUCUGCUACGCAGUCCGCACCGUACCCUCGGCUUUCCACGAGCCACGUUACAUGGCUGUGGCCAUCUACAAUGAGCUCCUCAUAUCCGCCAUCUUCCACAUCAUCAGGUUCUCUCUGGUGCCGGGGCUUCACCCCGACUGGAUGCUCAUGUUGUUCUUUGCUCACACUCAUCUGACUGUGACUGUGACUCUGGGCCUGCUGCUCGUUCCAAAGUUCCUGUCCAAAGGGACUCAGGCCAGGGAUGAUAUUGCCACCGAGGCCUACGAGGAGGAGCUGGACAUGGGAAGGUCUGGCUCUUACCUCAACAACAGCAUUACCUCGGCCUGGAGUGAGCACAGCUUGGACCCUGAGGAUAUACGGGAUGAGUUGAAGAAGCUGUAUGCCCAGCUGGAAGUCUACAAACAUAAGAAGAUGCUAGCCAACAACCCUCACCUCCAAAAGAAACGCAACUCCAAGAAGGGUCUGGGUCGCUCCCUGAUGAAGCGGAUAACGGAGAUCCCAGAGAGCAUGCACAUACACCGGCAGUGCAGUCGUGAGGACGACAGCGAACACGGCAGCAACCGCAGCACCUUGAGGAGAAACCCAUUUGAACCGAGUCAUCACGGCAAACCUCGGGAUGACUCCCUGAAGAACAAAGUCAUAGGCUUGAAGAAGUCGCUCAGCUAUGACCAUGUUUGUGACCAGGAUGAAGAAACUGCGAGUCAAACUGGCUCGACUGCAGGAGACAAUAUGACUCCCGUUGGAGGCGGUGGGGAAGGAUCUCUUCUGGGUUCUCUGAUUGGCCGGAAACACACCAAGAAGCAGCUGGAACCAUCUGCUAACCCACCGAGACUGGAACCAGCCGAGUCCACCGAGUCUGUUCCACUGUUCUGGAAAUCGGCCAGCGCUCACAACUUGACGCACGAGAAGAAACCCGUCCACCUGCGGACCUCCAUCAUGCAGAAGUCUCUGAGUGUGAUUGCGAGCGCCAAGGAGAAAAUGCCGGGGCUGACCAUCAAGACCCAAAGCGUGGAGGACGCCAGUAAGAAGGGUCCGAAGGGACAGGAGGAGAGGAUGCUGUCCGAGGUGGAUGAGACCCCUGAGCAUUACCCCAAGAUGAUCAUUAGUCAGUCAGUGGAGUACUCCAAGACACCCAUGAAGAUGGGAAUCAUGAAACAACAGGUGAGUGGCAGCCAGCCAUCCAUUUGCUCCGAGACGGGUAGGAACCUCUACGACGUGUCCGAGGUUUGUCCCUGGGAGCUGGAAGAACAGCAGACUCCCUCUGAAGCAAAGGCCCAGAAACAUGUUUCCAUUGCUCCUGAAGAAACCACCACAGACCGGAGAGGCAGCAGCGGCUCUGGAAUCAGCAAAGGUAGCCGGUCCCAGCAGAGGCAGAAAGCGGGGCAGUCCCCUUCCAACAGACGCCGCUCCAAAGAUAAAGGAGGAGAAAGGGAGGAAGGCAGGGAAGCACGGAAACCUCGACCACCCAAGUCACCGCUCCCUCUUAAGCCAGACGUGUGUCCCUGGGACUUCGAUGAGCAGCCCAUGCUGGGAGGAGAUUCCGAUUCCAUCUCCCCAGACAGGAUCAGGGGUAAGAAAAGUGUCACGCCCACUGAUGGGAAACCCAAGGUGCUCCACUCAGACCACUCCAAGUCCACAGGGAGCCUUUUGCAGCCUCCCUCCCUGAUGGUAGAGAUCUGCCCGUGGGAUUACAACGGCCCACCUUCGCCUAAGCAGGAGAAGUCCUGCAACAGCCCCACCACACACAAGAAGAAGCGGAAAGGCUCCUGCUCGUCCAACCACAAAGCCGAGAAGGAGAAAGCGAGGGAGAAGAGCAGAGAAAGACGGAGCUCAUCCAGCAAGCCGGUAUCGGAGAGGAGGCGCGUUAGCCAGUCGUCAGAGUGCGGCGGGCCGGUUUCUGAGCGGCGGAGGAGCUCGACCAGAGACCCAGAAGUGAUGGAGAUCAGGAGGGCGGAGGUUUUCUCCCGGGACACCGAGCCCUCGCACACCAGCUUUGCUCAGACUAAGAAAUCCACAGAGAAGAAGAAAGAGAGCUCUUCGAGUACUAGUGACAAACCUGCAGUCAUCAGCAGGGCAAAGGUGGCUGAUGUUUGCCCCUGGGACAUUCAGGAGCAAGACUCUGGGGAGAGGGCAUGAUGACUGCUGUGAUGACUGCAUUGUAUUUGUUUUUGUAUUCACAGACUGACAGCACAGAGGGCAGAGCUACCGAACGACAAAGAUGUUAGAUUGCAUUUGACAAGAACAUUUUUCUCUGGAUGACCUAAGUGGGAAAAAAAAAAAAAAAAGAUUUUGCAAGGAGAAGAACAUUUAUUCCGCCGUCCAUUGAUGCAAUCUAAACAUAACUACUUGCUAAAUAACCAACAUGUCGUCGUUACAUUGCAGUGAAUGCAACUUUGAAGUCACUUUAGAGGAAUUUUUAGUCUACACUUUUGCUUGCACAUUCGUCAGCCUUACAUUGUAUGUUGUAUCACAUUGAGUACAUCAAGGUCAUUUGAAAAAUGAAUCAUAUCUGUAUUUUACCAGCAGGUGAGACAAUCAUCAGUCACAAACACAGUAAACGCGUCGCCUGAUGAGCUUAUCGUCUCCCGUUACGCUGAUGAUAGUCUACGUUACGCAAUAAGCCAGUGGAGAUUGAUGCGUCAGAUGUUGAUGAUAGAAAAACAAGCAGGCGGCAGCGACAAACAAGACCUAAGGAAACAAUAUGAUACGAGCUCUGAGAAGCAGGACCAAAGCCCCAGACACAGCUGUGACGCCAUAAUUCAUGGCAUGAAAAUGAUCUGUUUGAUUAGUGAAACAUGGGAAUAACAAAAGGAUUGUAAUACAGCUUGAUUUUAAAAUAAGAGACAAGCCGUAUGUUUCAGUAAAAUAUACAGUAGGUAUUUUUCUAGAAAAGCCAUUGCAUGUGGCAAGCUAUCAAGCAUCCAAUAACUAAAUGUUCAUUGGUUAACUUGUACUCAACUGUGACAGGGUCAUUUUUGAUGUUGUUGCUUAUAUGCGUCUCCUUACAUACCACACACACAAGGCUUUUGAAAUGAUGUGCAUUGCCAUCAAUAAUGUACGUACAUAUUUAAAAUGGCGUGCAGUUACAUGUAGUGGCGCAGUACUAAAAUAUCCAUGAGGCUCUCCCUUCGGUUGAUAUUUAUUUACAGUUUACUCGCUACUCGUGCCCUGGAUGUCCCUUCUCAGAAGAGGCUGUUUCAGGGACCGAAACCAAGACUGACAAGGGAGGACGAUGUGAAUAAUGCAUUUUUUUUCCCGCUGUCACUUAGUUGCCCAUUUUACAUCUGCUUGAAAGCACCUUUCCUUCAAAGCGUUCCACAUAUUCAAUCGUUAAAACCACAACUAUGCAUGACCAAAGCUUUUUUUAUUUGCCACUUUAUCGCGAACAGAAGAUGAGUAAUUUAACAUUUUAACGUCAUCUCCAACAACAACAACAGACCACCUUUCUGUCCUGUUAAUAAACCACCCACCAAAUUGCACCCUACUGAAAUGCAGCCACACACGGUAGUCGGUUCAGCUUCAUUACGGUUAUGUGUGCAUGACGGAGAAAAUACCAGAGUAAUGAUACACUCAGAGUCACCAGAAAGCAUAACAAUCAUUGCAUAUAUUGUGAAAUACUUAAAGGGGAAUUAGGAGCACAGAUAUAGAUGUCAGACGUUGUCGUGUGUAAGAUAACCUCAUCAAGCGUCCAUAAAGUAAUAAACAUGAACAUGAAUAACCGCAACUCUAACUUUCACACGUUUAUUUCAAUCGGCUGGUUUUAGGCUGUAUGAAAUGGAAUGUUGCAACUUGCCCACUAAAUGUAUUUUAUGCUAGUUAUACUGUAAUGUGUUGCUCCAAAAAGUUACAAAAUGUUGUGGCGUCCACAUGGGAGUAUUUAUAUUGUACAUUCAUAUUGUGUUGCAUGUACAUUCAGUCAAUGCCCCGUUCUCAAUUCUGGAUUAAAUCUUUCUAUAAAACCCCAGUUUGCUUUUCAUAUCUUUGGUCUUUUCAAUAUUGUUUGUGAAAGGUUUAUAAUAAUAAUAAUAUCUUGACCUGCUGCCAGUGUCUGUCCAAAUUAAAACACGUUGUCCAACUCCUCUCUCGUGCACUGUGGUUGAAUCACCUCAAGAAAACAUUUUAUCUUAACGUCAUCAGGGUUUGUGGUUUCCGUACAUGCAGUCCAUUGAUCAGUCAUCGAUGGAUCACCAUAUAUAAAACAACGUCAUCAUAUGUUUUAAAUACUUCUUUCCAAAUACCACAUUUACUCGCUGUAGAUACUGAAAUUUACAAGAGGAAUCUACAUUUUCCAUAAAACCAAAACAAUCCACAUCACAACCAACAUUUCAAAAUAUUCAAAAAAAGGUUGAAAAACUGCUCUUCAAUACAAA